GGUACACGAUAUUCAACAACAAAAAUAUUUAGAUUUUUUACGUGUUUCUUUUCAUAUUACUUUGUUUUUGUGCAAUAUUAAAAAAAGAAUUCCAUGCUCAUAUACUAUAAAAAAGCUGUGAGUUAGAAACAUCCCAAUGUCCAUAGCCUCCUAAAUUGACAUAGGGAAUUAUCCCACUUUUGAUUUUCAGACCUUUUGGUUUUGCCAUAAGUGAAUACAGGUUUCUGGGAACCUCUCAUUCCAAAAUAGAAUGAACCAUCAGUCAUUAUUCCUGCAUAGCAAAAUCAGUGGAACUCCAACAGUGCCUGCUGAAGGAGGUAUGUUUCCAUGUGGAUGGUGCAAUCAAGCAGAAAAGCCAAAUUUGUAUGUCCUGCCCCUGAAAAAUGGAAGACACACAUUUUGCUCUGCAGCCUGUUUGUCAGAAUUCAGGAAAGGAGCAUGUUUUCAGUGUGGAGAAGCUAUUACUGGUGUACCAUUCCAGAGCCUUGUUAACUUGGCAAUGAGAGAUUUCUGCAGUGAAAAGUGUUGCCUAAAAUUCAAGAAAAGAGAACAUAGUAAACUAAAAUUGAACUGUUCAUCAGCAACAAAUCUUCAGAAUAACCCAGAUCUACCACAUCUGCCAACAGCCGCUAACCCUGAAUCAUCUGCCGUGUUGAGUUCUAACCUUUGCCCAUUUGCAUGGGAGGAUUACCUUGCAGAAACUAGGAGUGUAGCUGCACCCUCAGUUUGUUUUAAGCAGCACGCUGUACCACCAACCAAUGAAUUUCACUGUGGAGUCAAACUAGAAGCCCAAGAUCCACGUAAUUUAACCUCCACUUGCAUUGCUACCGUAGUUGGUAUAAUCGGCCCGCGACUCCGCUUACGUCUUGAUGGCUCUGACAACAAAAACGAUUUUUGGAGGCUAGUUGAUUCAAACGACAUCCAUCCAAUUGGGCAUUGUGAAAGCAACGGUGGAAUGCUGCAACCUCCUUUAGGUUUUCGUAUGAAUGCAUCAUCAUGGCGUACAUUCCUCUUGAAAACCCUAAGUGGAGCCGAAACCGCACCUAGUCGCUAUUUUAAAAAGGAGCCGUCUUCACCUCGAUACAACAUGUUCCGAAUUGGCCAAAAACUUGAAGCCGUUGAUCGCAAAAAUCCGCAUUUAAUAUGUGCUGCCACGGUUGGGGCAGUCAACAAUGAUAGUAUUUUUGUAACAUUUGACGGUUGGAAAGGAGCUUUUGAUUACUGGUGCCGCUUUGACUCUCGCGACAUCUUUCCGGUUGGGUUUUGUGCUAUGGUUGGUCAUCCCCUCCAACCUCCUGGACAAAAAUUUGCAUUAACGAGUGGUAGCAGAUUCAAGUCUCGGGUUCUCAACGUACCUCCUCCCCCUCCCGUACAAUUUAUCUCAACAGGAGUGGAGAAGAUGCCACCAGAAGUAGGAAAGUUGUCUAUUUCUUCUUUAGAUCUUGGCGCAAAAACCGAAACUUGUACCAUCGUACCUGAACCAGAUACGUCCUCUAUUGAAAUAGUUACAACAGCUGUGAGCGUGUACGUCAAUGGUAUGUGUAACUGUGGACCUCACUUGGAUCCGUCUAAAGUGAAAAGAUUACCAAGACUUAUUGGACCUGGAACAUUAAGUCAUGUUUUGAGAGAGACUGUUCAAGGAAUAGUUGAUGCUGCGCUACAAACCAAACAAACUUUCUCCAUCCUCCGAACACGGCAAGGUGAUGGAAACAUUGUCAUCCGAGCUAAAUAUGAAAAUGUGGUUCAUACGCUUCGUUUGCCACCAGUCGAUGAUAUAAUGGGGCUUGAGACGUAUCUCGAAUUUCUUAGCGAAGAUCUGGGUUACUGUGAAAAUUUGAUUAGUACAGUUGCCGUUGCGGACUGUAAGAAAUGUGCUGCCAAUUCUGCCGGUUCCGAUCCAGCAGACAAGCCAGAUGGCCUUCGUGCAUUCAAACGUAAAGGUCGAGACUCAAAGCCGGCGGUCAAUGUAAAAAGAAAGAAGUUAAUGACCAGCCCGAAAAGUGAUCUUAAUGAAUUGAACAAACGCGAACCAAUAUCCCCCUCGUCUGGAUCACCAGUUGAGAACUGUUUAACAAACAAAGCAACUAACGCAAACGCAACCGUGGCGCCAUUGGAAAUUGAAUUAAAUCCUGAAUCACAGUGCCCCGAUCAGCAAAAGGCCACAUCUACUACUAGUCAUGAUAAUGAGACCGAAACAAGAGGAACACAUCUUAAUACGAAGGUCUCUUCUGCAUCCGCCGAUCCUGCCGAGUGGUCGGUUGAUGAUGUGAUGCGUUAUCUGACUUCUGUGGAUGCAGGUCUAAGCGUUCACGCACAACUAUUUCAAAAACAUGAAAUCGAUGGAAAGGCUCUGCUUCUGCUUACGUCCGACAUGAUGAUGAAGUACAUGGGGCUGAAAUUAGGUCCAUCCCUCAAGAUUUGUAACUCGAUCAACAGAUUGAAGGGGCGGCGUCACCUACCAAUCUGAAAUCUGAUUUCGAGGUCUACUUAGCCGUUUUAGCAACCGAGGCUGAGCGUUUUGUUACCUGGAUUCGUUCGUUGGUAGAUCCAACUUACAUAUAUAGGAAUUAUAUAUUUGAUCCGGAUCGUCUGUGAUAAACCACGAAAAGAGGGGACAGAUCCAUCGGCUAUUUCUUGAUACGUGUCCUGUAAUUUCGUUUGUAUUGCAUUCGAUUUGUUGUUUUGAUUGAUGUAUUUUUAAUCUUUUAUAGCGUGAACCGUCCUAAUUUUAUGAAACUCCUAAUUUUAAAUUUUAAUCUACAGUUCAUAUUUCCCUGAAGUUAGGUGCACGCGAAAACCUUGAAGUUUGCUUUCCUGUUCUACUGAAUAAAAAGUAAUUGCAUGCUCGACU